UAUCAGCUCAUGCCCCAAAGGUACAAUUGUCCAACAUCGUAAAUAUUGUGCUUAUUUAUUUUAUAUUCCACUGCAAACAUUGUUUAUUUUACAACGAAUUUAACAUUCACUAUUGAUAUAUGAGCAGUAAAUUAAGAAAGAGAUAAAAUUCAUAAUACGAUAUUUGUCCACAUUUUAACAAUUCAAGGGGUAUAUUUGCAAUUUAUCCAAAAAAAGAAAAAGAAAAAGAAAAAACAAAUAUCACAUGCACGAAAGUCAAGACGAAAACGGUUAUAUAAACCCAAAUGGCAAAUGCCAAUUCAUAACUUACUACACCAACAGAAUUUUCAUUCAGACAGACUAAUCACCGCCUUCAUCUUCCGCUACUCGUACCCCUUCUUGCCUCUGAGCUGAAGCUUUUUGCUACUUGUACCCACCACCAAUGGCGGCACUCGCAGCAGGCACCCGACGGCCGUGGGUCGGCCUAGGAGCGGCAGUGUGGGUGCAAAUUGCAGCCGGCAAUGCCUUCACUUUCCCGCUCUACUCCCACUCCCUGAAGUCGGUACUGGGUUUCAACCAGAAGCAGCUCACCAUGCUGGGUGUGGCCAACGAUAUCGGCGAGAACUUCGGCCUUAUCCCCGGAUUCCUUUCCAAGAAGCACCCGCCGUGGCUAAUUCUUUUGAUCGGCGCUCUCGCCUGCUUCUUCGGCUACGGCAUCAUCUGGCUCACCGUCAGCAGCACCAUUGUGCCCCUGCCUUACUGGAUGCUAUGGAUUGCCCUUUGUGUUGCCGCUAAUAGUAGUGCUUGGUUUACCACGGCUGUGAUUGUAACCAACAUCAAAAACUUCCCUCUACAGCGUGGCAUAGUUGCUGGUAUUCUGAAAGGUUACGCAGGUCUUGGCGCAGCUGUAUUUACAGAAAUUUAUCGUGUUCUGCUUGGUAAUUCCUCUUCCAGGCUUCUGCUGUUCCUUGCACUUGGAAUUCCCGUUCUGUGUUUCGCUAGCAUGUUUUUUGUGCGGCCUUGUACUCCGGCUCCAAAUGAAGACCCUGCAGAGUGUGGCCGCUUAGAUUUCAUCCAAAUUUCAAGCUUGGUGCUUGGAUUCUAUGUUCUCUCAACUGCAAUAUUGGAUGAUAACAUUUCCUUAAGUGCUCCAAUUACCAACACUCUUUUCGUUGUAAUGGUUCUACUUCUCAUGGCCCCACUCGCAAUUCCCGUUAAAAUGACAUUGUAUCCCACACCAGCCGGCGAAUUGGGAAUGCUUGGUCAAGCGGUUGGAUCUCCAGGUAGUUUGAACGAUGAAGGCGGCACUGCAGACAUAACUGAACCGCUGCUGGAGCCAUCUGGCGUGGUUCGAUCUCCAGGUAGUUUGAACGAUGAAGAAGGCACUGCAGGCAUAACUGAACCACUACUGGAGCCAUCUGGCGUGGUUGGAUCUUCAGGUAGGUUAAAUGAAGGCAAUGAUUCAUCGGACGUGCCUUUGCUUGUUGCCGAGGGCGAGGGGGGAGUGAAAGAAAAAAGAAAGCUAGGGGAAGACUUCAAAUUCAGUGAAGCUGUGGUGACGGCUGACUUCUGGCUUCUAUUCUUUGUUUUCUUUUUCGGGGUUGGCUCGGGGGUAACUGUUCUCAAUAAUCUAGCCCAAAUUGGGAUUGCACAAGGAUUUGAUGACACAACAUUCUUGCUGUCUCUCUUCGGUGUUGGAAAUUUUGUUGGUCGUCUUGGGGGAGGAUUUGUUUCGGAACUUUUUGUCAGGUCGAAAACAAUCCCUCGGACAGUUUGGAUGACGUGCACUCAAAUCAUAAUGUUCGCCACAUAUCUGCUGUUUGCUUCUGCCAUCAACGCAACCUUUUAUCCUGCAACGGGAAUACUUGGAGCCUGCUACGGUGUCCAAUUUUCUGUCAUGAUCUCAACUGUCUCGGAACUCUUUGGCUUGAAGGAUAUUGGCACAUUUUACAAUUUCAUGGCACUAGGGAAUCCUCUGGGUGCACUACUCUUUUCAGGCCUCCUAGCCGGGUACGUAUAUGAUAACGAGGCAGCGAAGCAGCAGGGGAUUCAUCUCUACGGGACAAAUGUCUCCUGCGUGGGUCCGAAUUGCUUUAGGCUCACCUUCCUGGUUCUCGCUGCUGUCUGUUUUGUCGGUAGCAUCUUAAGCAUCGUUCUGUCUUUAAGGAUAAAGCCCUUUUACCAAAAUCUUUUCGCUGGGGCCUCCGUCGGGGUACUUCCAGAUACAAACCAACAAGAUCAAGGAGCGGCGAGCGCAAGUUGAACUGUCUAGAGAGCCAUCAUACUCAAGCGUAUCUCGAUACAUCUACAUCAACUAUCUGAGACGUAUGUAAAAAGUUUUAGUUCCUCAAAUCCAUCUACAUCAAAGUUGUUUGUAUACAAUUCAAAAACACAGUGCGAGCAGUAAAUAAGAGGAGAAAGUUUUGCCAUUUACCUCAACACUCCGCCCUCCGGCAUAAAUGAGACUACUAGGAGACCUACAACGGAUUCCUUCGUUCGGUCUCACAAGGACAUGUCGUAUAGGGACAGAUUACAAAAUUUUCGUUAUAGCUUUCAAUCAUCAGAAAGAGUAGGUUUUUGAGUAAUUGUGUAUAUCAGUGUUGAUGUGUUGCUGAAGCAGAAUCGUGAAAGCUUUCUGUAAAGC